UUAGAGAAAAAAAAAAUAAACAGGAACCAACAAAAACAAUGCACUAGUCACACCAAAAAUUCACGGUCGUUGACGAAAGUUUCACCUCGCUCUUGAAUGAAAAUUCUAACUAAUCGGCAGGUCCGCGUAUUUAUGUAAUAUGGUGAAGAACAUUAGUUGACAAUAAAUCUGUAAAUUAAGAAUUAAAUGCAUAACAAUUGUAAUAAAUCUACAAUAAAUAACUAGCGUUACAUAAAAGUUUUGGUUGUGUAAACUGGCAGUUACGAAUUGGUGACGUAUGUCAAAAUGUUCACCUCCAAGAUAGUGGUACGUUUUGGGCUUUCAGCUUUGGAGCAACAACAAUUUAUAUUGUUGGCUGCUAAUGGACAACAUGCAGCUAGACGAUUUUAUACACCAAUGCAGUUGUAUGAAAAGAAAGUCGAAGAAAAGCAAUUAAUGCCAGAUAAAGCUCAAAAGAACACCGCUCAACAGUUGGAAGACUUAUAUAAUACACUAAAGGAAUACAAGCCAACGCCAGUCAAAUCAGCUGUACAAAGCGGAGGUUUCUUUGGUAAACUGUUAAGUAAACAGAAACCUAGCGGCAGUGCAGUUCAGUUGCUAAAUACUGCCUCUCCGAAAGGUCUUUACAUUUAUGGCAGUGUGGGCGGUGGCAAAACUACCUUGAUGGACUUGUUCUAUGAUUGUUGUACCAAUAUUGACAAAAAACAGCGAGUCCAUUUUAAUUCCUUUAUGUCCCAGGUGCACGGACGCAUUCAUCAGGUGAAACAAGAACGUGGCCCUAGAGAUCGUGCUUUUAAUACCGAAAAACCUGAACCCUUUGAUCCUACAUUACCAGUAGCUGAAAUGAUUGCUGCAGAAUCUUGGUUGAUUUGUUUCGAUGAAUUUCAGGUCACUGACAUUGCUGAUGCCAUGAUUUUGAAGAGUUUAUUUACCCAUCUUUUUAACGAAGGAAUUGUUUGUGUAGCCACUAGCAAUCGCCAUCCAACUGAAUUGUACAAAAAUGGUUUGCAACGCAGCAACUUUCUACCCUUCAUAGACGUUUUGUUAAAUCGUUCCGAUUUGUCGCCAAUGGACAGUGGUGUUGACUAUCGCCGUAUCGCUCAGUCAGGUGAUACAAAUUAUUUUGUAACAACCAAAACCGAUGCUAAAGCUCAAAUGGAACGGAUGUUUAAAAUUUUAUGUUCCCAAGAGAACGACAUCAUUAGACCUCGUACCAUUACACACUUUGGACGCGAUUUAACAUUUCAACGUACAUGUGGUCAAGUUUUAGACAGCAAUUUCGAAGAACUAUGCGAUCGUCCUUUGGGUGGCAGUGAUUAUAUACAAAUAGGGCAAUUCUUUCACACGGUGCUAAUACACAAUGUUCCUCAAUUAACAUUAUUAAUGAAAUCACAAAUGAGACGUUUCAUAACAUUAAUCGAUACACUCUACGAUAAUCGCGUUCGCGUAGUCCUUUCGGCUGAAGUUCCCCUCGAUCAAUUGUUUAAUUUUAGUGAUAAGCCCACAGAUAUUGCCGAUGAUCAACGUAUGUUAAUGGAUGAUUUGAAAUUGGGCGCGCAAGAUACAUCAGCCAGUGUUUUCACAGGCGAGGAAGAAAUGUUUGCUUACGAUCGUACCAUUUCUCGUUUAUACGAAAUGCAAAAGAAAGAAUACUGGGAGCAAUGGGCCAAACAUCGUUAGAACUACUAUUUGAAUAGUAUGCAAAUUUAUGUUUAGCUUUCAUCGGGUCACAAAUUAUGUUAGUACUUAAAGAAUUAAUAAUAACAACAACAAAAAUAGUAUAAAUAUUUAAAAAAUGUGUAUGUUUUCAAACAUUUUAUUUUUAUAUGUUCUCUGUUUAGUACAAUAUUAAUUUAAUUUUUAUUGUGUUCCACUGAUUUCCUUUAUUUUAUUUAUAGAAACAAAUUUAAUUUUUAAAAAUAUAAAGCAAUAACAAUAUGUCGUCAGCAA